AUGAUGGCAAUCAUCGGAAUGUUCUUCCAGGACGGCUUGACCGGCUCCGCGUGGGGCGACUGGGCGCUCUACACUGGAUCCCCGCUGCGCGCGUUCGAGAGCGAGCUGGGCGUGCAGGACCCCGUGGGCUUUUGGGACCCUGCCGGGUUCACAGCGGAUGGUAGCACGGUGAAUUUCGCCAGGAGGCGUCAGACAGAGCUCAAGCAUGGCCGCGUGAGCAUGCUGGCGACGAUGGGUUACAUCACGCCCGAGAUCACCGGCAAGCUGCCUGGCUAUUUGUCGCCUUCGGCGGGCCUGAAGUUCGCGGACAUCCCGAACGGGCUCGGGGCGAUCUCCAAGGUUCCCGCGGCGGGCUGGGCGCAGAUCGUGGCGUACGGCGCGUUCUGCGAGCUGUCCCAGGACCAGUCCGCUGGCACCGCUGCCGCCGCAGGCGAUUUCGGCUUCAAGGUGCUGACGUCCAGUGAUGCUGGGGAGAAACAAAAGAAGUUGGCGGCAGAGAUCGCCAACGGUCGCCUUGCCAUGAUGGCAAUCAUCGGGAUGUUCUUCCAGGAUGGUCUGACUGGCAGCGCAUGGGGCGACUGGGCGCUCUACACUGGAUCCCCGCUGCGCGCGUUCGAGAGCGAGCUGGGCGUGCAGGCUCCUUUCGGUUAUUGGGACCCUGCCGGCUUGAGCAAGGACGGCGACACUGAGGCCUUCAAGAGGCGCCGCGUCACUGAGAUUAAGCACGGGCGUGUGUCCAUGUGGGCGUGUAUGGGCUACAUCACUCCCGAGUACUUCAAGUGGCCAGGCUAUUGCUCUCCGUCCAAGGGCCUCCAGUUUGCAGACAUCCCGAAUGGUCUCGCAGCGCUAUCCAAGGUUCCAGGCGCGGGGUGGGUCCAGAUCUUCCUCUUCUGCGGUUUGCUUGAGAAGGGCUUGUUCGUGUACGACCCGUCGAGGGCCCCGGGUGACUAUGAGAACGGUGGCGUGCUGGGCGUUCCCAACGGCAGUACUUUGCCUGCUGGGGAGCUCAAGUCCCGCAAGCUGAAUGCCGAGAUUGCGAAUGGACGGCUGGCGAUGAUGGCAAUUAUUGGCAUGUUCUACCAGGACGGCUUGACAGGAUCUGCGUGGGGUGACUGGGAGCUGUACACUGACUCGCCCCUGCGAUGA